GCGGGACUGUGUUCAGGAUAUCCGGUAAAACCAAACCAAGGCUUUGCGUAAACGGCGAGCAAAUAUGUUUGCAAUUUUCUCCAAUUUAUGCUCUCUGAGUUUGGGACAUUUGUCCUGGUUAAUACAUUUAAAUUAACACGUCAUUGAUACAUUGUGACGUCAUAUCUACGGACGGGAGCUGUCACCCAUGUAGAGCUAAAAAGAAAAGAUCACAUGAAGAGAUCGUCUGAGCCGUUGUGGUUUGUAGCCGCUCAUGGAGAACCAGACCGGGCUCGAGCUGUCUCUGCGCCGUGUGGCCCUCCUCGGCUCCGAGGUUCUCGAACGGGCCUCAAGGAGACGUGCGGACUGCGCCGACUCGGGUCCCCGACUGAGACCUCUCACAACCGUUCAGAAACACGGGCAGGAUCCUCUUGAGAGAACCCACAGGUCUAAACCUCUGGACCAGACGCAUCUGGACGAUCUGGACCAGGCCUUUGAGACCAUGGGAGCGUUGAUGGUCCAGAGCAGGCAUCAGUGCAUGGUGAGGCGCUUAAUGCUCUACAGCCUGAGCGAUAUUCACAGGGUCCAUCGACCGGACGGCUGCUCUGAGCUCAGUGUAGCGGAGAGAAGGCAUGCCACCAGGUUCCACCGGACUGUUGGCAGAACCCACACACCAGGCAGCAGGACAGAGGGAAGGCCUCCUCAGAGCGCAGCAGCCUAUUCAGACUUCCACAUUGAGGUGUCUCCAGGGACUUACACCAUCACGGCCGGCCUGCCCCAGGCCCAUCAGCAGGCCCAGAGGGUCAGCCUCCACGCUGGAGAUAGCAUCACACUCAACUUUGACCUCUCACCCCUCUCCUGACCAAUUCACAUUUGAUCAUCACAGAAGACAAUAAAACGGUGCCAUCUAUUCCAUUACAAAUGAUUCCCAAUCUAUCACAAGCCCUCUGAGAGUCGCCCCUACAGAGCCCCCAGACGUAGGGGUGUCCAUCCAGUUGAUUGUUGGAUGAGUCAUCCUGCCAGUGGGCAUCUGGGAUGUAAUUCCUACAGUGACCAGGCCCUUUAACUUGUCUCCUUAUAUUUUUCAGUUGUUUUCUGAUAAUUUAUUGGACACACGUUGUAUAUGUAUCUGCUGCCUAAUGGGAUUCCAGAUGUGUACAGUAUUUUAUUUGACUUAAGUUAUCAUAAUUAUUUUUUCUAAUCAGGGCUUCUCGAAUUGCACAAUGCCAAUUUUGUAAAUAAUAAAGGGUAUUCUUGUUAGAACA